GGAUAUGGGAGGAAGACGGCGCUGUCCAAUUGGAUUAACUCGCCGCCCUAUAAGCAAGGCAUACCAGACAGAUAUUAUGAAACCGCGAAGACCAACACAUCGCAGACUAGGAAAGCCAAUGCGGCUUUCGUCGUGUUGGCAAGGAAUAGUGACCUUCCCGGGAUUUUGGAGAGCAUCAAGCAGAUGGAGGAUAGAUUCAACAAAAAGUUCCAAUAUCCAUACGUUUUCUUGAAUGAGGAAGAUUUCUCUGAAGACUUUAAACAGUGGACUACUGAGAUCACUUCGUCACCUUGCGUAUACGGAAAGAUCCCUCACGAUCAUUGGUUCCAACCUGAUUGGAUCGAUGAAGAGAAAGCUACUGUUUCUCGUCUCGACAUGAUCAAGAAUAAGGUUAUUUAUGGACACUCCGUACCAUAUCGGAACAUGUGCCGGUUCAAUUCGGGGUAUUUCUUUAGACACGAGCUCCUGAAAAAUUAUGACUACUACUGGAGAAUAGAACCCAGCGUAAAAUUGUACUGCGACCUUGAUCACGAUCCGUUCCUAUUUAUGCAAGAUCACAAGAAAGUUUAUGGCUUUACGAUAUCCCUUUACGAGUACAUUGAAACCAUCCCCACGCUGUGGGAUGCUGUGAAAGAAUUUAUGCAGUUACACCCUGAGUAUAUGCCAAAAGAUAACGCUUUAGGUUUCUUGAGUGAUGAUGGUGGCAAGACGUACAACCGGUGUCACUUCUGGAGUAAUUUUGAGAUUGGUGAUCUCAACUUCUGGAGAAGCGAAGCCUACAUGGAGUUCUUUGAGUUUUUGGACUCGAAGGGCGGCUUCUAUUAUGAGCGAUGGGGUGACGCACCCGUACACAGCAUUGGCGCCUCCCUAUUUGCGCACAAAGACCAGAUACACUUCUUCGAAGAUAUCGGGUACCGUCACGAACCUUUCCAGCAUUGCCCUCAAGGGAAGUCGCAUGCCAAAGGAAAGUGCUGGUGUUCAGUCAAGGAUAAUUUCGACCGAGAGUGGUACUCCUGCUUGAACAAGUAUGAUGCCUUAUUCCCGAAGCUCUCAGGGCGAGAUGCCUUGGACAGUAGUAGAUGA